UGCUAUCUUAUCUUGCUGCGAUCCCUACCUGUCCGAAAUCCGAAUCCCUAUCCGCAGAGGUCACUAUGCCGGUGCUUCUCCACUGCCUCUCCUCGCCGCCGACGGCGAAGAAGUCCGGAGAAUGUUUCCAGUCCGUUACUGGAAGGACCCAUACCGAAAGGAUGGUGUUGUCAUCUGUAGAGUUGAGGUUGCAAGUUCUUCCUACCAGGUUUCAUAUUUUUUAUGGAAAAUAUAGAAUACCACUGAGCAGUGGUUCAAUAAAUUUGAAAACAUGUGUUCAAAGGCCCAUCUCAGAAGAAAUUUGCAAUUUGGAGGGAAUAUUGUCAGGGUUGCAGAAUCUUAUCAGUGCUUGCUUGUCUGAUCAUCAGCAGAAAACAACCCCAUUCAGCUUUGGAAAAUCACUUCCUUCAAAAAGAAGCUUAGCUAAAGUAUUAGCAAUUCUGCAUACCUGGUUGCUCAUUUUGCCCUCUAAAGUUCUGGCAGAAACAUGUGAAGCUGAUAACUCGUUUUUUAAUAUGCCUCUACUGUUUGCAAUAGCCAUGAUUGGAGCAACUGUUGGGGGAUUGCUUGCACGUCAAAGAAGAGGCGAGCUGAAGAGGUUGAAUGAUCAGCUUCGCCAGAUCAAUGCUGCACUAAGAAGACAAGCAAAGAUUGAGUCUUAUGCUCCAAAUUUGAGCUAUGCACCAGUUGGUAGUAGGGUGGCAGAAUCAGAAGUGGUUAUUGAUCCCAGAAAGGAACAUCUUCUUACAAGCUUGAGAACUGGGAAAAACUAUCUGCGGAAUCAAAAUCUAGAAAAAGCGUUUUCAGAGUUUAAGUCUGCUCUGGAGCUUGCAGAGAUAUUGGGUGAUCAUGUUGAGGCAAAGAAGGCAGCACGAGGAUUAGGUGCAUCGCUCCAGAGGCAAGGGAAAUACCGAGAAGCCAUCAAAUAUCACAAGAUGGUUUUGAAUAUUUCUGAAAAAUCAGGAGAGAACUCUGGCGUCACUGAAGCUUAUGGUGCCAUAGCUGAUUGUUUUACAGAGUUGGGAGAACUGGAACAAGCAGGGAAGUUCUACGACAAGUACAUUGCAAGAUUGGAGAGCGAUUGAGAACCAUCAAUUAUAAUUUGCUUCCCCUAUCUUUUUCUGCUUCUUGUAGAGUUCUAGAUGGGAAUUCAGAUGAUUGUUUUUGUCUUGGGGAUUGUGAGAACACUUGCAGUUUUGAUUACAGUGUGGUGGUAUUAUCUAGUUAAUGAUAUUUCGUUUGCAA